AUGAAAAAAUUCUUUGUUGUAUUUCAUUGUUUAAUUUUAUUAUAUGUACGACUUCCUCUUGAUUUUUUCAAAUAUGUAACAACAUUUUUCAGUCGUGAAAAUAAACCAACACUUUAUCAAAGAUACAUUUCCACAAUCAUAAGCACAAUUCUUGAAACUUUACCGUUAUGGAUGGUUAGAAGUCUGGUUUAUUCAUUCGGAUUUAUCAAUAAUCAUAUCCUCAAUGGGUUAUGGUUGGGAGGUUCUAAACGUAGUUAUUGGUGUCGUAAAUUAAAGAUUAAAGAUGCUAAUUGGAGAGGUUAUUUUAUUGCUGAAAAUGCUGAAAAAUUGGAUGUUGGUCAAGAUGCUGAUGUGGUGAUUUUAUACGCACAUGGUGGCGGAUUUGUUACGGGAGGAGCAUUACUUCAUUUUACAACAUUUAUCGAUUGGAUUCAAACAUGGAAAUCAACUUAUGGAACUACAACCCAGAUAUUAUCGGUUGAAUACGGGCUGGCACCUAAAAAUCCAUUCCCUGGAGCAAGAGAUAACAUGUUGGAAUGUUAUGAAUGGUUGGUGAAUGAACAAGGAAUCAAUCCUUCAAAAAUAGUUUUUGGCGGAAAUUUAGCAGUGAUUUCAGUGCUUGAACUUAUUCAAAAUCCUUAUGCGUACUCAGUAGAUCUACCUUCUUCACUUAUUUUACUAUCACCUUGUCUUUCGGGAUUACCAACUUCUAAAUCGUUUAGCAAAAAUAAAAGUUAUGAUAUAAUUAAUACGCAAUGGUUGGAGAGAUCUUUUAAUAAAUAUAUGAUUGAUACAAACCUAUCAUCACAAUGUUCUUUGAUUUCACCAAUCUAUGAAAAGAAAUUAGGUGGUCUACCCAAAAUUUGGGCUUGUGCUGGUGAAUUUGAAGUUUUUUUGGAUGAUGUAAAACAAUUCAUUGAGAAUGCUAGGUCACAAUCUGUCAACACUGAAUUUGUAAUGGAAAAUAAUAAUUUUCACGGUUACGCUGUUUGCAAACUUUUGGAUAGAAACAAUGGAAUCAAUCCUUCAAAAAUAGUUUUUGGCGGAAAUUUAGCAGUGAUUUCAGUGCUUGAACUUAUUCAAAAUCCUUAUGCGUACUCAGUAGAUCUACCUUCUUCACUUAUUUUACUAUCACCUUGUCUUUCGGGAUUACCAACUUCUAAAUCGUUUAGCAAAAAUAAAAGUUAUGAUAUAAUUAAUACGCAAUGGUUGGAGAGAUCUUUUAAUAAAUAUAUGAUUGAUACAAACCUAUCAUCACAAUGUUCUUUGAUUUCACCAAUCUAUGAAAAGAAAUUAGGUGGUCUACCCAAAAUUUGGGCUUGUGCUGGUGAAUUUGAAGUUUUUUUGGAUGAUGUAAAACAAUUCAUUGAGAAUGCUAGAUCACAAUCUGUCAACACUGAAUUUGUAAUGGAAAAUAAUAAUUUUCACGGUUAUGCUGUUUGUAAACUUUUGGAUAGAAACAAUGGUGCAAAAAAUACUUGUAGACACAUUGGAAGAUUUUUAUUUACUAAUUGA